CAGGCCAAGUGCGGACACAGAAAAACAAAACAAAUUUAAUCAUAACAAUUUUACGAUUUGUGGUUUAAAAUUAAAAGUGUACAAAGUAACUCAAACGUUAGAAUUUAGUGGUAGUGAGUUAGAUAUGAGUGCAAACAUUAAAGAAAACAAUAAUUAAAAAUUUCAAUUAAUAAUUCAAAACAAUAUCAAUCUUUGAAGGAAUGAACGAUUAAUUUAUUUAGCUUAAUGACUUAUCUUGGAAUCGCUGACGUUCGGCUGUGGUUUGACAGCCGUCAAAGAGAUAAGUUCUUUAUUAGGUUCAGCCUAAUUCGCUGAUUGUCAAACAAACAAAAUCAAAAUCGCAAAAAAAUAAAAGUUGUUAUUAGUUAGCUUUAGUAGCUACUACAAAAAAUAAAAAAUAGUAAAAAUACCGAGAAAUACCGUAAAAUCUGCAUAAUACCUCUUUGUGAAUAAUGAAAUGUGCAUUUAAUCAUUUUACAAACCGACAAAAUAACGUCGACAUCAAAAAGUGAAGACAAACUUGUGUACAGGAAAGUUGAAGUUGAAGGUGGAAAGCAAGACAAGUGUGUAGUGAGUGUCGCGGAAAAAGUGAAAGAAUACAAUUCAACGGACGAGACAGCUACUGCAGCUCGUAAUUAGUAUCCAUGAUGGAGCUAGAACCACGGGUGGCUUUAUUGCAAGAUUUACGUUUGCAGACAUUUGAUUCGAUACGUUUUGCCUCAUAUCGCACCGCUUCGAAAUUGCGUUACAUUCAAAAGUCCACAAAUCUGCACUUGGUCGAUAUUUGGAAUGUGAUUGAGGCAUUUCGAGAAAAUGGUCUAAACACUCUGGAGCCCCAAAGCGAUGUGAGUGUGGCGCGUCUGGAGACAUUGGUUUCAUCACUAUAUCACAAUCUGAACAAACGACUGCCAACGGCACAACAGGUUCCUGUCGACUCAAAGGCUGGUUUGUUACUUAAUUGGUUGUUAGCAGCAUAUACCACCGAUAAUUCGGGGAAAAUUCGCGUUUUCUCCAUAAAGGUGGCCCUGGCCACCAUGUGUUCUGGCAAGUUGGUGGAUAAACUAAGAUAUAUAUUCUCACAGAUCUCAGAUGGUGCUGGCCAAUUGGUUAAUUGGAAAUUGGCCGAAUUCUUGAAAGAGGUUCUUGCUUUACCUGCCGCUGUUUAUGAAUCUCCCACAUUCCACUAUAAAGAUGGCCUGGAAGAGCAAAUAUUUCCUUCGGAAAAUAAAAUUACUGUGAAUGAUUUCAUGGCAACACUUAUGUCCGAGCCGGGGCCAUCGUGUCUGGUGUGGCUGCCGCUUUUGCAUCGUUUGGCCACGGUUGAAACAAUUGUGCAUCCCACAAUCUGCUCUGUCUGUCACAAGGAAAACUUUACUGGCUUUCGUUAUCGUUGUCAGCGGUGUCACGCCUACCAAUUGUGCCAGGAGUGCUUUUGGCAUGGCAAGACAUCGCUGAAUCAUCAAAACGAUCACGAAGUCAAAGAGUACUCAAGCUAUAAAUCACCCAGCAAGCAGAUUGGCCACUCGUUGCGCAAAAGUUUCCGAUGUGUGCCCGAAAAGACGACCCAAGUGUUGCCACGAUUUCCAGAGCAGCCGGAGAAGACAUUGAAUUUGUCGCAUAUUGUGCCACCCUCACCAUUGCCUUCGCAUAAUGGUUUCGCUGAUCCCUCACUACUGCACGGGUUGGGUGGUCCUAUACCAGGCGGCGGAGGAGGAGGUAUUGGUGGUCUUCUGUUUGAUCGUUCCAGUACUCUAGACUCAAGAGCCACCGGUCGCAGCAUUGACAGUGCAAAUGGUACUUCCACUUCGCGUGUAGCUGCAGCGUCCGCCAAUGAUGAAGAGCAUCGUUUAAUUGCCCGCUAUGCAGCUAGAUUGGCUCAAGAAAAUCGUGCGCCCAGUAAUUCAAGCAAUACCGACAACAUAGCCUCGGACAACUCAAGAGCUCAACGCGAACUUAUAUCUCAAUUGGAGUGUAAAAAUAAGGAAAUAAUGCGAGAAAUAGCUAGACUCAGGCGGCAGCAGGAAGCUGAACAAAUGGCUCCAGAAAAUCCAGCACUGAUAAAUGAGCUGAGAGCUCUGCGCCAAAGAAAGGGCGAGCUGGAGGGACAUUUGGGAGCCCUACAGGAUUCGCGACGCCAAUUAAUGGAGCAAUUGGAAGGUCUCAUGCGCAUGUUGAAAAAUCAACAGACCUCAUCACCCAGAUCAACACCAAAUUCUAGUCCUCGCUCUGGUAAAUCGCCACCCAUGCCAAUAGCCGGCGCCCCAGUGGGCAGCGGUGGUCUCAACGCCUUGGGCACCUCACCCAUGGGCUCUUUGCUCAAUCAAGUACCGCCUCAUUCAAUGCUAGCAGCUGGCAAUGUUUUGCGUUUGCAGCAGCAGGCUUCUCCCAUGAAUCAAAACCAGUUCGGUCCAAAUCCUCUGGAUCCCAUGAAUGUCGGUGAAGUACGAGCAGGUGGUUUCAGUAGCAAUGGUAGCGGAAUUGAUACCACCGAAUAUUUUCCUAAUGACAAAAAUGAAGAAAAUCUUCAAGCCGAGUUUAAUGCCUCAAACGAUGAAGAAGCACUUCCUUCCAUAGAUAUGUUGUCGACACUUCUUAAUGAUCUGAAUACAGUACAAAGGUUAAGCCCUUCGCAGGCCCGCUUUAUAAUGCCUUUAGUAGACAUACUUCGUCACAUAGAAGGUGAUGAAUCGGCCGAGGAAGCGGACGAGGCUUACGAUAAUUUCGAUAUGGAUUACAAUUUUGGCCUUAGCCUAGGCGAUAGUGGCAUAUCAAGUAUACGUCUACAACAACAACAACACCAGCAGCAGCAUACUGGCGAUAUUCCCGAUCACCAUCACCAAACACCAGGAGGAGCAGGAGGAAUGUGCCCCUCCAAUUUGAAUUUUGAAUUUCACUUUGACCACGACACCGAAGAAGUUGAAUUAGAUUCUGAUUUCGAUAUUGAUGAGGAACAUGCCCACAUUAAUCGUGUCAUGGGCUAUAAACAUUAUCCCGAAGUGCUUAUAGACGAUGCAGAUGCUGGCUUUCCUCUGUUGCAUGAAAUCGAUUUUGAUGACCCACAAUCAAUUAAUGUCGACUGGACGGAUAAGACCAACACAGCAGCCAGUAGCCAGUGGCAGGAACAGUUUGCCCAGUGGUCUUUGCACACGCAAAAGAACUAAUUCCAUGUUUGGUGUUUUAAAACAACACAUAAAAUUCAACUAAACUUUAGAUAUAACACAACAACACAUCCAUGCAUACAUGCGUCGUUGUCAAAAAAGGAAACAAACAUAACGUACGUCAUGGCAGGCAAAAAAAGAAGAUAUACUAGAGAUGGAACUUCAAAUAAAUUGAUUAAAUAUAUACAUACAUGCAUACAUAAUAUGUAAACUUAGUUCAAAUAUACGAUCUACAUAUUUAUUAUUAUUAAUAUAACUUUUAUCCUAAUUUUUAUCAUGAAACAAGAAAGAAAGCAAAAACACUAAAACAACAAAAUGUGAAAUGAUCCAUAUUUUUUAAUAGUAACUAACUAUAAUUAUUAUCUAUAAAUACCAUAUACAUAAUAAUAAUUAUUAUUAUUGUUUAAUUAUUGAAUGAUGAAUGAAUGUCGAGGAUGAUGACAACCUUAGCGCAAGAGAAGAAGCAAAAAGCUUAGAUUUGUUAAACUAAUGGAUAUUAUUAUUAAUUUUAAUUUUUAAGAACCAAAAAACAGAAAACCUUAAAACCCAACUAAUUAUGAAGAAAAUACCAACUCAUUUGCAAAAUGUUUGAUAUACUUUAAUAUAUACACAUGCAUACAUAUAUGAGAAACCUAAAACAUAACAAAAAAAUAUAUUUAAUAUUUAAUAAUUUCUUUGUUAAAUCUAAAAGCAACAACAAUACCCCUAAAGACUAAUAUAACAAUUUUAAAAAAUGCCAGAAGAAGAAGAAAAAACAAAGAAAACUGUUAACACAAACCAACAAUUCAAUGCUAAAGUCUUGUCAGUAAAACAACUCAACUAAACAUAAAACAAACAAAUAAACACCAACACCAAUCACCGCCAUUAUUAAUGAAAAACCAACUGUUUUCCUAAUUUUCGAAAAUUUUAAACACAAAAAAAAAACAUUCUAAAACUAUUUUCGACGCUCGGUCUUCGUGUGAAACCAAUAAACCAAAAUCAUAUAACAAGUUUACAGCCAUGGCGAAACAAUUAAAGGUGGUCUCAUUUGUACAACAACCAUAAAUCAUAUGGUGCAAUCCGCCAUCUUGCCAUCAAGCUGAUCGACGUUUUGCCAACAUACACAAAAAAAUAUGUGUGCGUGUGCGUACAUGAGCAGAGAAUGUGCGAGAUAGAAGAUGACAACAAAGAGAAUGCAAACAAUAUCCUGGCAUCUUAAUACCGUCAAACCAGGCCAGCUGUUAACAGCUGUUCGCGUGAGGCCACCUUUUUAAAUCCGCUUUGGUUUACAGCACUAAAGUACGACCUGGCCCAAAUUACGGAUACCCACCACCCUAUGAUUUUGACAAAACUAGAAGAAAUUUUAUGAACUUACAGUCACAGCCAAUAAACUUGUGUUACUCGAACGAACGGUUAUCAUUUUUGAAAGAAAAUUCCAAUUGUUUUAGAGAAAAUUUCAAUAUUAUUUUUAGUGAAGAAAUUUUGUCUUUAGGGAAAAUGUCAUUGAAAUUUUGUCUUUAUAGAAAAUUAAAAAUUUUGUCUUUAGGGAAAAUUAUUUCUUCGCCUAAACUAAAGUCAAACAACAACACACAACAGUAAUUUAUUUACCCAUUAAGCUGAGUAUUCUGUUCAGCUUUUCAAGCGGAAUGCUGUCAAACUCCAUAUAAAAAACGUCGACGUCACGUGGGCUGAAAAAGGCGGAAAAAUAGUACUCUAUUUAUAGUGAGGAAAAUUGCAAAAAAAAAUGAAAGUGGCAACAGCAAUGGUGUCAAACUCCAUAUAAAAAAACGUCGGCGAAACGUUGGCUAAAAAGGGCGGAAAAAUAGUACUCUGUUUAUAGUGAGGAAAAUUGCAAAAAAAAAAAAUAAAGUGGCAACACUUGAAACCAUUGCCGGUAUCAUUUUAAUUGGUUUCAAUGGUUCGGUUUCCUUUAUUUAUUUGAGAAAAAGUAUAUAAAAUAGAGAAAACAAUAAGUGCAUAUAAAGAAACGUGUUUUGGUAUGGAAAUAAAAACAUUUGAUUCCUAUCAAAUUUCGCUCGCGGAACAAUUACAAAUCUCAGCGGCUAUUGCGAAAGUAGAAUAGAAUACCAAACCUUAGUUUGUUAUGUAGAAAAAAGCUAUCCCCGUUUAGCUAAGCGGCUAAUCUUAUAGCCGUUUACUAAAAGAUAUGGUGUAAACAUUUAAUUUGAAUGACAAAACUAAAAGAGAAAGAAUGUAACAUAUUUACUCAUUGAAAGCGUGCGUCGAAUGAUACACGAUAUAUUCAUUUACAGGUAGUGGCAGUUGCCCAACAACAAAAUAUUGAGUGCACUAUCCGUCAAAAUCAGUGAUUAGUGCAACUCUGAUUUUGUAUACGUUACUAGUUCGCGCAUUUUUUCGUUGUUUGUGUGUGCAUGGUUCUUAACUAUAAUACACACACACAACCAAAACUCGUUGACAGAUAGUGCACUUCGUGAGAAAAAAUUGUAUUCAGCAGUUAACGGUACAUUACCUGGUAAUUAUGUCAUGCUCUCAGCUGCCUUAUAACCAUGUCGGAUAUGGUGCAAGUUUGGUGCUUAGAACUUUCAUUAAAACUGAAGUGUGUGAUAAGAAGAGCUUUGGACAAUAUUUAUGGUAGUGGGUAUUCAACGUUCGACUCAGCCAAACUUAAAGGGCUUUUGCUUGUUAUUUUUUUCAAUAAAAAUAUUCCCAAAACUACUUUCGUUAGGAUUAUUAAAAACAAAAAAAAUCAAUUUUAGUUCAAUUAUUACAUACAUAUGCAUACAAAAAUACAAACAAGCAACACACAUAGUACACACAAAAUACAUACAUACAUAAAACAAAAACAAAAAAAAAAUAAACAUUUCCUUAAACUCAAGUUAAACUGCUUUAAAACAAAAGAAAAACAAAAAAGGAUAUAAGUAAAAACAAAAUUAAAAGAAACAAAAACGUUUAAACUCAAGUAACAUAUACAUAUUUACGUUUAGUACAUAGGUACGUAUGUAUAUACAUAUUAAUACAUACCUAGAAUGGCAUACAAGAAACAUAAAUACAUACUUCAUAUUUAUAGUAAUCCAAAAUAUUAAAUUAAUCAAUGAAAAGGAUAAAAAGAAAAUGAAGUUUAUUGAAAAAACAAAAAUGAGAGACAAACGAUUUAAUAAUUAUUCCACUAUACAUACAUACAUACAACAUAUAUAGUAUGCUGCGUACUUAAUCCUUUUUAAAUAGAAUUUAUAAAUCAUAAACAUACAAGCCCACAGCGCCCACACGCAGACAGACACCCACCCCCUACCACCACCACCACCACCAUUAUCACACAAUGACCCGAUAUAAAUGCGUAUGUAUAGACCAACAUCCAGCAAAAAAACCAGUGCAAAUUAAACAAAAGUUAUUGAAGCCAUGCAUCACACUCUGGCAUACAUACAUACGUAUAACAUGAAAUAUUAAACAAAAUAAAAAAAACAUGAGAAAUUAAAACAGAAAUUUUAAA